AUGGCGAGGGCGACGACCCUGGCGCUCGUGGCGGCGCUCGCCGUCCUCCUCAUCCUGUCCUCCGGCCCGGCUCGGGCCGCAGCCGCCCGGACCGCGCCGGCGGACGUAGCCGCAGCAGCCACCAAGGCAUCUGCCAACGAGAAGGUUGCGGAAGACCGAGAGUGCGAGACGGUCGCCGGAGAGCAGCAGCGGGAGGACUGCCUGGCGAGGAGGACGCUGGCCGCGCACACAGACUACAUCUACACCCAGGACAACGGACACAACUAGAUAUAGCCUGCGUACAUACAUGCCUCCAUGCUAUAUGAUGCAUGCAUAGCGCAUGUAUGUACUGGCAAUGCCUCUUAGCUAGGCUUAAUUUCGGCGUCUCAUAAAAAGGAAUGAAGUUAUGCGAGAAUUAAAGUUGCUUAAUUUCUUGCUCCAUAUAAAAACGGCUG